CGGAUAUGUGGCACCUGGAGCUAACAACAGUACAUCUGAAACCCAGACAUCCUGUGAUUGGCACCGUAUCUGGAGGCAGAGUACCGCGUUCGCCCGUCUCCCCGUCCUGCGGAACGCAUCUCUCAUCACGCUGUGCGACUUCCCAGGACCAGCGUACACACGCUACACGUCCAGACUAUUGAUCCACUAGCUGUCAUUCAUUGCACUAUGACCGAACCUCACAUGCCUGUGGCGUUCGUGAGCGAGAGGAACCCGGGACUUUACCCGGCGGACCGUCUCUACGGCUUUAACACAUCCGGCGCCUGGGUCGCAGGUCGUCUGCGCGUCCUCGACAUCUUACAUGGUCAUGUCGAUCUUAAGCACACGCCCGACGAGACCACCAUCAAUACCGACGUACGCGCUACCUUCCCCGCUGUGCUAUCCGUGCAGUUCCACUAUGACGACCCAGAGCUAUUCGCGCGGCUCGCGGAGCUGUUCGAGCACGCCCGCGCGCGGUUGCGCUGCCUCGACGUGUUGAUGCACGAUGACAUCGAGGAUGCGCAGAUGUGGCUGGACGACUGUCUCCCCUCCUUUACUCCAGCCCCAUCAUCUGCAUAUGACUUAAGCCUGUUCAAAUGCAAGUUCGCCGAGAUCGACGCAGACGACGAGGGCGAGGUCAAGCAGCGAACUGACGAUGGAGCCACGGCAAUAGGCAGACCGAGGAGCUGCCGGUCCGCGGCGAAGUGUAGGCCAGCGAAGCCGCGCCAGCGCGCACCAGCCACGUCCGGGGAAAAUGCGGUGCACGACCGGGCGUGCGUCCUCCACAACGAGUCCACGAAGCCUUGGACGCAUGUCGCACCGUCCGGCCUCCGCUGGCGAGAACGGCGAGUAACGUCUGGCUGCCUUCCGGGUCCCACCGUCGUGAAUCGCGUCGGGAGUCUGGGACUCGACGCGACGGACUCGUCGACGACUAGAGCCGGAGGUGGGAAGGCGGUCUUUCUCCGCGAUGUACACAACGCACCAUACAAAGACCCGCAUCUCGUGCCUCCGACGGCACUCUCGACGCGAUUUGCUCGCGGGGUGACUGACUGGUCGACGGCCCCGCCGGCGCCUGCAUUCUCGCCGGACCAUCAGACGGCGAUCUGUGACUGGAAGAUGGCGGUCGACCACAGGCCGGGAUUUGACCACGCGGGCCUUUUGUGGGCCUUUGAGCUAUGCUACGAGCGGUCCCGACUAAGGCAAUAG